AUGACCUCGUCCAAGUCCCUCGACCCUAUAGUCCAGCCUCACGGCGAUUCCGAGGCUGGAGCUGAAACUAUAGCUACCAACGGUCCCAAAAAGGCUGAUGCCAUUUCUCAACUCUAUGACGGAAACGUCUACAACACUACACCCGACAGCCGCCGGCAGAUUGGCGUGGUCAGCGCGCUCGCCCUGAUUUUCAAUCGAAUCAUCGGCACGGGAAUCUUUGCGACGCCGAGUUCGAUCUUGUCGUUGACGGGCAGUGUUGGGUUGGCCCUGUUCAUAUGGGUUAUUGGCCUUUUGAUUGCGCUGGCGGGCACUGCGGUGUACCUUGAAUGGGGAACGGCUAUUCCUCGAAAUGGCGGAGAAAAAAACUACCUCGAAUACGUCUACAAAUCGCCCAAGUUCUUCGCCACAGCCAUGUUCGCCGCCUACGCGUCGCUGCUCGGCUGGGCCGCUGGCAACAGCGUCAUCUUUGGCGAGUACAUCCUCAACGCUGCGCAGGUCGAGGUCAGUCGAUGGAAUCAGCGCGGUGUUGGGCUGGCGUGCAUCACGGCUGCGCUGAUCAUCCAUUCAACGGCCGUAAAAUGGGGUUUGCGGUUGCAAAAUUUCUUGGGUAUUGUGAAGCUGGUGAUUAUCUUGAUUAUCAUCGUCAGUGGUUGGGCUGCGCUGGGAGGGCAUUUGAAGGUGGAUAAGCCGCAUAAUUUCACGAACGCAUUUGAGGGUACGCGAGCCAGUGGAUAUGGUAUUGUGACGGCUCUGUAUAAUGUCAUUUGGUCGUUUAUUGGCUAUUCGAAUGCCAACUAUGCCCUGAGUGAAACACGGAAUCCUGCCCGGACGCUUAAGAUUGCAGCUCCCCUGGCAGUCGUUUCCGUGGGAAUCUUCUACAUCCUGGUGAACAUUGCCUAUUUCGCCGCCGUCCCCAAGGACGAGAUCCUGUCGUCCGGCCAGAUUCUCGCCGCGACCUUCUUCCGAAACAUGUUUGGCGAACGCGCCGAGCGAGUCAUGUCGGUCUUUGUCGCACUGUCGGCGUUUGGCAAUGUCUUGUCUGUCAUGUUCUCGCAGGGCCGCAUUGUGCAGGAGCUGGGUCGCGAGGGAGUACUGCCUCUGUCGAAACUAUGGGCCAGCAACAAGCCGUUCAAUGCUCCGGCCGCCGGUCUUUUCGAGCACUAUAUUGUCUCGGUCAUUGUCAUGCUGGCGCCUCCGCCUGGUGAUGCGUACAGCUUUCUGCUCAACCUCAUCUCAUACCCGCUCUCGAUCAUCAACGUGUUCGUCUCCGGCGGCCUGAUCUACAUCUACCUCAACCGAUCCAAAUUCCCAUCGUACUCUCCGGCUAUUCGUGCAACGCUACCGGUGACAUUUUUCUUCUUCCUGUCCAACAUCUACCUCACCGUCGCGCCGUAUAUCCCGCCGGAUGCCGGCGAGAGCGUCUACGAGACGCUGCCGUACUACCUGCACUGCGUGGUGGCGAUAGGCGUGUUUGCCUUUGGCGCCAUCUACUACGUCUUCUGGGCCAUUCUCAUCCCCCGCGCGUACAAGUACACGCUUGUCAAGGAGACGGUUGUCAGCUCGGACGGAUGGUCUCGCGAUGUGUUUGCGCGUGUACCGGAGAAAGCGCUUGUCCACAGAGAACAGGUUGUGGAUGUUGACGGAGAAUGA